UCCUUUCAUAUACCGUUCCUACUUACCUCCCCCCCCCCUCUCUCUCUCUCUCUCUCUCUCUGUGUAGACGGUAGACAAAACGGGAAGUUAGAAACCCCGAGUGCGUGAGCACUCCGUCGCUAAAAUCUCUGGCGGAAAUGGCGUCGCCGUCGCCUUCCCCCGAAGAAGCACAGCAGCGGCAGGAACAGCAAGUGAAGGAGUGCGUGCACAAGACCAAGUUCAUUCAAUUCUUGGGACGCACCACCCCUAUUGUCCUCCAAAACGACAAUGGCCCCUGCCCUCUUCUUGCCAUUUGUAAUGUUCUUUUGCUAAGGAAUAACUUGAAUUUGAGUCCGGAUACUGUGGAAGUAUCACAGGAAAAAUUGCUUUCAUUAGUUGCGGAAAGAUUAAUUGAUUCCAACAGUAAUUUCAAUAAUAAGGAUGCAGGCUAUGUUGAAAAUCAACAACAGAACAUUGCUGAUGCAAUCGAUCUGCUUCCUCGACUUGCAACUGGCAUUGAUGUGAACCUAAAAUUUAGGAGAAUAGAUGAUUUUGAGUUUACUCCGGAGUGUGCCAUUUUUGAUCUACUGGAUAUUCCACUAUAUCAUGGCUGGAUAGUUGAUCCACAGGAUAGUGAUACUGCUAUUGCUAUUGGGUCAAAGUCCUACAAUGCACUCACAGGAGAGCUUGUAGCCCUUGAAACGCACAAUAUGGAGGCAAUAUCUAAGAUCAACCUUGAAGAAGAUUGCGUUGAUUUUGCUGCUGCAACAACUGCAACUUUAGGAGUUCCUUCUCCAUGCCUUUCAAAAGCUACAUCUUUUGAUGAUUCUCCGUGUCCGGUCACUGAUCACCAGAAAGCGAGAAAAGGAGACCUUGAAGAGGAAGCAGAGAUUUUGAGAGCAUUGAAGCAGACUGAGGCUGAAAUGCCAACUUCAGUGGGUGAUAGUCUUCUAGACAAUAUUAAUGGAGGGACUCAAACUGUCAGGUCAUAUGAAAGUGUGCGCCUCAAGGAUGUUAUGCCUGUAGAUGAAUUGGAGAAGUGUGUUGGCGUUGAAGACAACAAUUUCCCUAAACUGGAACUGUCUGCAUUUGAUGACUGCAAUGCCAGAAGCAAUGGCAAUGAUCUUAUUUCUGUACAAAAUAAUACAAGGCAAGCAGCUACUUCAUCCUUAAAGACUGAUGUGGGAGUCCACCUUGAUCGGUCAGCUUUUGUGGAAUCUGAAGAAAGUACCCUCCACAUUGAUGUGUUCGAGAAUAAUGGUGUUGACACGAUGCUCCAAAGUGGAACUGCUUCCCUUUCUAGAGGGCGUGAAGUUAGGAAGCAAUCCACUUUUACAACCAAUGUUCAUGCCUCUGCAGAUAAACUAGGUGGUGGUGGCGCAGAAGAAUUAUCACGCCUAUCUUCACUAAGUGCCAAUUCAGAUUUACCUAUUGGCAGAAUUCAGCACAUUGAUGCUGCCCAAGUUUUGAAUUCAAGUGUUGAUGGCAGUGAGCCCAUAUAUGAAGGAGAGGAAUGUAUAUUGGAAUCAAGAAAUGCAGUUCUUGAGGACCGGGAGCCUGUGUAUGAAGGUGAGAUGGUUCUUGCGAAACAAGCUGACAAAAGCACCAUAGAUGACUGCAGUCCGAGGUCCAAAGAUGAAAUCACUCCACAACAAGGUGAGCUUAUCAGGAGUUUUUUGAAAAACAAUGCUAGUCAGUUGACCAUUCAUGGCCUUUUCUGCUUACGCGAUGGUCUUAAAGAACGUGAACUUUGUGUUUUUUUCCGUAAUAAUCACUUCAGUGCCAUGUUUAAGCUUGAUGGAGAACUUUAUCUUCUAGCUACAGACCAAGGUUACAUAAAUCAGCCUGAUUUGGUGUGGGAAAAACUAAACGAGGUCAAUGGGGAUACCUUGUUCAUGACGGGUAAUUUUAAGGAAUUUAACGUAGAAAGUUGUUCAAAUGACACUUGGGAUGAACAUAAUGCUAUGACCAGCACUGCUGACUUUCUUGCCACCAUCAAUAGCUCUGCACAAGCGGAUUUGGAUGUUAGUUCUGAUCUGCAAUUGGCAAUUGCUCUGCAACAACAAGAGUUUGAGCAACAACCACAACCACAACGACAAAAUUUGCAGCAACCAUCCGUUAGUGGUGGAAGUUCAAGGCUGAUCACCGGUCCCCAGGUGCCAAGAAACAAUGGCCGUGGCCGGAAUCCGUACUCGUCUUCGUCCCCCAAGCCUGAAGCAAAAUCAAAAGAGAAGUGUACGGUGAUGUGAAAUAUGCAGUUUGCUGUAAAUGGUGUGUGGGUCCCUUUGUAUUCAAUGGUAUUACUCGAACCUUAUUUACCAUACACAUGGUUUUAGACAAAGUUUUGUGCUGUAAAUAGUGCAUGGCCCACCAAUCUUAACCCCCUUUUUUUUCCCUUUUUCCCUUUUUGUUUUUUGUUAAUCCUGAAAUAAUAGCCUCUUCUCUCGACCACCUCGAAGAAGAUUGAAGAUAAUGGUAGGUAGGUCCUUUUUGUGAUAGCCUUUGUUGUUGGAGAUAUUUGUGUUGGGUGGAAUGGUAAUGGUAUGGAGGAGGACCACUUUAGGCCACGUUGAACCCCACAAGUUUGUCUGUAUAAAACCUUUUGUAUAAUUGGUGUUUCCAUUCAAAUAUAAUGUUUAUACUGUAUAUUGAUU